AUGCGGGGAGGUGGGUACGUGCGGGAUCGGGCUCUGAUGUUGCCCCCCCUGUUCCUCACCCUGCAGGGCGAGCUGGAUGCCCUCCGAGCCCAGGUGCAGAGGGAUGUAGAUGGGCGCCUGGGGAAGAUGGCACAAGCCUCUCGGCACGUGGAGGGGAUGCUGGAGCAGCUGAACCCUGUUUGGCACAGCUCGGUGCAGGAGGACCUGCGAGGGACCUUCCAGCAGGAGGUGGGCAAGCUGGAGCAGGAGGUGGCAGCGCUGAGGAGGGAGCUGGCUGGCCUCAAGUCAGACCAGGAGGUGAUGGGGAAGCACGUGGAGGGGAUGCUGGAGCAGCUGAAGGCGGUGCGGGCUGACGUGGAAGCGCAGUUCCCAGCGUGGAUCAGCCGGUUCCUGUCGCAGCCCCAGCAGGAUGGUGCCACCAGCCUUGUCCUCCAGCGGGAAGAUUUGCAAGCGGAGCUCCAGGCUCUGGAGCGCAAGAUCCUGGCCAGAGUCCUGGAGGACAGGAGGCUGUCAGCACGGGAUGCUCAGGCCGGCAUGAGAGUGGCCCUGCAGCAAGGGGGGACUGCAGGGGUGACAGAGGAGCAAGUGCAUCUCAUCGUGGGCCAGGCCCUGAGGCGCUACAGCGAGGACCGCGUGGGGAUGGUUGACUACGCCCUGGAGUCGGCAGGGGCCAGCGUCAUCAACACCCGCUGCUCGGAGACCUACGAGACGCGGACGGCGCUGCUGAGCUUGUUCGGCAUCCCCCUGUGGUACCACUCGCAGUCCCCCCGUGUCAUCCUGCAGCCAGACGUCAACCCUGGGAACUGCUGGGCAUUUCGUGGGUCCCAGGGCUUUGCCAUCAUCCGCCUCUCCAGCAUCAUCCGCCCCACAGCCGUGACGCUGGAGCACAUCCCAAAAGCCCUCUCGCCCCAGGGGACCAUCCCCAGCGCCCCCAAGGACUUCGCUGUCUAUGGCUUGAAGGAGGAGGGAGAGGAGGAGGGCCUUCUCCUCGGGCAGUUCACCUACAACCAUGAUGGCGACCCCAUCCAAACGUUUUACUUGGAGGGUGACACCGUGGGCACGUACCAGCUGGUGGAGCUGCGGGUGCUGAGCAAUUGGGGCCACCCUGAAUACACCUGCAUCUACCGCUUCCGCGUGCACGGGGAGCCGGCGCACUGA